AUGGAUAUAGAUGAUGCUGCCCAUUUCCAAUCGAUCCCCUGGAUCUCGGAAUUGCUCAAAGAUGAAUCUUUCAUCACAGUUCCAUAUGGAGCCCGAGAUCCGAAGACCUCAUCCGAGGAUAGCCUUACUGCUGUGACUCUUAAAUCAAACUCGACCUUACCGGCGUGUCUUCGUCAGGUUCGACGACCGGCCCCACAAAUAACCUUGAAACCCGCCGCUUCUGCUCUGGCCACUCAAAACAUCGAAGAGGUUCGCAUAUUUUUCAUUCUAGGCAGCGAUAUGAAUGGACAUCCAGGUAUUCUUCAUGGAGGUAUGGUAGCGACACUGCUGGAUGAGUGCUUGGGCUUUCUUGUCAAUGCCAGGAGCCCGGAUGGAGUUUCGGGCUCUUUCACGGCAUACUUGAACACUGGGUUUGUACGUCCCGUAUAUACCCCUGGGGCAAUUGUUGUCUAUGGACAACUGGAAGAGUGCAUCGAGGAUCGGAAAUGGAAACUGAAAGGUCGGAUAUGCGAUGCCGAGGAGCGAAUUCUUUCGACUGGCGAGACUCUAUUUGUGAAACCCCGAUCGAAGAUUUAG